AUGAGAAGCCAUGGCAGUUUGCGUAAAGUGCAAGAAGCGAUACGUUUCUACUCUGUGUCUUCUUCUGCGUCAGGUCUCCUGGAAUUUCUAAACUCAGAUUUUCCUUCUACAAUAGGAAUCCGAGGAAGGCGCGAGUUUGCCCGUCUCUUGCAGCUUCGAUUAGAUGGAAGUUGUGGACGUUCGAUGGUGUUUCAGCUGCAAAGUUUUCUUUUCAAGAGUGGGUUUGAUCGGGAUGUUUAUGUUGGUACCAUGUUGAUUAGUUUCUUUCUCAAGGAAGGUGAUCUCGAUUACGCAAGGCUUGUGUUUGAUGCUUUACCAGAGAAAUCCACAGUGACUUGGACGACUAUGAUCAGUGGGUAUGCUAAAAUGGGGAGAAGCUACCUGUCAUUGCAGUUAUUCUACCAGCUAAUGGGAGCUAACGUUGUUCCAGAUGGUUACAUCCUUUCGACGGUUCUAAGUGCGUGUUUGAUACUUUCGUUUAUCGAAGGUGGGAAGCAGAUUCAUGCACACAUCUUAAGACAUGGACAUGAGACGGAUGCCUCACUGAUGAAUGUGCUUAUAGAUUCUUAUGUGAAGUGUGGCAGAGUUACAUCUGCUCGUAAGCUAUUUGAGGGAAUGUCGAAUAAAGACAUCAUUUCGUGGGCCACAAUACUCUCUGGCUAUAAGCAGAUCUGUCUUCAUAAGGAAGCCAUGGAAUUGUUUUCCGGAAUGUCAAAGUUUGGUUUGAAGCCAGAUGUGUACGCUUGCUCUAGCAUACUCACAUCUUGUGCCUCGCUUCAUGCUCUGGAAUAUGGAAGACAUGUUCAUGCUUACACUAUCAAAGCCAAUCUUGGCAAUGAUAGCUAUGUGAUUAACAGCUUGAUCGACAUGUAUGCGAAAUGUGAUUCUUUGACCGACGCCAGAAAAGUCUUUGACCUUUUCGCAGCUGAUGAUGUGGUUUUAUAUAACGCAAUGAUUGAAGGUUACUCGAGACUUGGGACACAAUGUGAGCUACAUGAAACACUGAACAUCUUCUGUGAUAUGAGGUCCCGAUUGAUUCGACCUAGCCUGUUGACUUUUGUUAGUCUUCUACGUGCAUCUGCGUCUUUAACAAGUUUGGAACUCAGCAAACAAAUUCAUGGAUUGAUGUUCAAGUAUGGGGUCAACUUGGAUAUAUUUGCUGGAAGCGCUUUGAUUGAUGCUUACUCAAAUUGCUACUGUGUCAAGGAUUCUAGGCUCGUGUUUGAUGAAAUGAAAGAGAAAGAUCUUGUUGUCUGGAACUCAAUGUUUUCAGGUUAUGUUCAACAAUCAGAGAACGAAGAAGCUCUCAGUCUGUUUUUGGAACUGCAGAUAUCAAGAGAAAGACCUGAUGAGUUUACUUUUGCCGACAUGGUUACAGCAGCUGGCAACCUGGCAAAUAGACCUGGCCAGAUAAGGAUCCGUUUCGAUCAAAUUAAGGAUGACGAGCAAUCGGGAAAAGAUAAAGAGAGUGAACCACAAGUUGAGAGGCCUAGAGAGCAAAUGAUACAACACAAGACUGAGCCGUAG